GCGCGGAGAGCGCUCGACGACCCGGAGGGCGCGCCGGCAGACGCCCCACUGCACGGGGACCUGACGAGGCACAAAUUCUUCGAGGCCAGGGGCAUGGACAUCGUCGGAGGAGGCGGCUGCCUCGCGAGGCGGACCGAGUACGCCUCGUGGGCGCUGGUGAACUGCGCCAUGAGCGGCACGGGCGAGUUCGCGCGG